CCUGUACAAGGAGGCCAUGAUGGAGGAGCACCAGCCUCUUAUAUCACAAGAAAAUCCCAGUAAGAAAUGUGAAAAUGUCAUGUUACCACUAGAUGAAGAUAUCCUGCAGCGCUCUUCAGGAGAAAAUCUCAUUACCCUAAAUGUACAUCCAGGACCUCACAGUACAGAUCUGUCAUAUAAUCCUCCUAAUUAUGAGGAACCUUCUCCUGACCAAUCACAGAUUGUUGCCUCAACUAUAAGUCAGAAAAGGAUUACAAGGUUUAAUUGUGAUAAAGAAUCCACAAACAGCCCAGGACUUUCUCCACACCGAAGACGUCACAAAGGAGAGAAAGUGUAUUCAUGUUCAGAAUGUGGGAAAUGUUUCACAUGGAAAUCACAUCUUGUUAGACAUGAGAAAAAUCACACAGGAGAGAAACCAUAUUCAUGUUCAGAAUGUGGGAACAGUUUCACACAUAAAUCACAUCUUAUUGCACAUAAGAGAUGUCACACAGGAGAGAAAACUUAUUUAUGUUCAGAAUGUGGGAAAUGUUUUACAGAGAAAUCAAAACUUGUUACACAUGAGAGAUGUCACACAGGGGAAAAGCCGUAUUCAUGUUUAGAAUGUGGGAAACGUUUUUUAGAUAAAUCAAGUCUUCUAAAACAUAAGAGAUGUCACACAGGAGAGAAAGCAUAUACAUGUUCAGAAUGUGGGAAAUGUUUUACAGUAAAAUCACAUCUCGUUAAUCAUCAGAGAACUCACACAGGAGAGAAGCCAUAUUCAUGUUCAGAAUGUGGGAAAUGUUUCACACACAAAUCAAAUCUUGCUAAACAUGAGAGAAAUCACACAGGAGAGAAGCCAUAUUCAUGUUCAGAAUGUGGGAAAUUUUUUACAGAUAAAUCAAGUUUUGUUACACAUAAGAGAUGUCACACAGGAGAGAAGCCGUAUUCAUGUUUAAAAUGUGGGAAAUGUUUCGCUCAGAAAUCCAAUCUUGUUGCACAUGAGAGAAUUCACACUGGGGAAAAGCCGUAUUCAUGUUCGGAAUGUGGAAAAUGUUUUACACAGAAAUCCAAUCUUGUUAUACAUGAGAGAAUUCACACAGGGGAAAAGCCAUAUUUGUGUUCAGAAUGUGGGAAGUGCUUUACAGAUAAAUCAAAUCUUGUUACUCAUAAGAGAGGUCACACAGGAGAGAAAGCAUAUACAUGUUCAGAAUGUGGGAAAUGUUUUACAGUGAAAUCACAUCUUGUUAAUCAUCAGAGAAGUCACACAGGAGAGAAAAUAUAUUCAUGUUCAGAAUGUGGGAAAUGUUUCACACACAAAUCAAAUCUUGUUAAACAUGAGAGAAUUCACACAGGAGAGAAGCCAUAUUCAUGUUCAGAAUGUGGGAAAUUUUUUACAGGUAAAUCAAGUUUUGUUACACAUAAGAGAUGUCACACAGGAGAGAAGCCGUAUUCAUGUUUAAAAUGUGGGAAAUGUUUCACACAGAAAUCCCAUCUUGUUGCACAUGAGAGAAUUCACACUGGGGAAAAGCCGUAUUCAUGUUCGGAAUGUGGAAAAUGUUUUACACUGAAAUCCAAUCUUGUUACACAUGAGAGAAUUCACACAGGGGAAAAGCCAUAUUUGUGUUCAGAAUGUGGGAAACGUUUUUCAGAUAAAUCAAGUAUUCUAAAACAUAAGAGGAAUCACACAUGCAAGAAGCUGCAUUCAGAAUGAGAAAAAUGUUUUUGUUUCUAAAGCCAUAAUUAGGGGUUAUUAGUAAAGUCACACAAGAGAGAAGCCAUAUGGCCAAAAUAUAACAAAACAAUAUAUCACUGGGUCAUAGACAUUGUUUUCAUUUCAGGUUGUAUAUUUUGAUAUAAAAGUUUAAUUGAUGUCACAUAACGGCUUCUAUAA